AAGCAAAAACCGACCCGUGCGCAAAUUAUAACCCCCACGCUUGCCAAGCAAAAACCCCUAAAACCCCCAAAGCACACAGAAAAAUGAAAACAUAUUAAAGAGCUCUCCCUUUCUCUCUCAACAUAACUUGACUCGACUCAAAUCCCCCGGCUUUCUUCUUCCGAUUUCACAAUUGAAGAGAAGAAAAGAUGAAGGAGGACGGUGCCAGCGGACCUCCAAGCAAAGAACUGUACGCACUGUUGCACCUAUCACCGGACGCCUCCGAUGAAGAAAUCCGCAGAGCUUAUCGGCAAUGGGCUCAAGUUUAUCACCCUGACAAAUACCAAGCUCCUCAUAUGAAGGAAAUUGCUACGGAGAAUUUCCAAAGGAUUUGUGAAGCAUAUGAAAUAUUAACUGAUGAAAGCAAAAGGCAAAUAUACGACAUUUAUGGUAUGGAAGGUUUGACUUCUGGAUUAGAGCUUGGCCCGAAGUUGAAUAAAGUGGAAGAAAUAAAAGAAGAACUCGAAAAAUUAAAACGGAGAAAGGAACAAGAAAAGAUAUCGACGCAUUUUCGACCUUCUGGUACAAUACUGGCUAAUUUGUCAUUGCCACAGUUUCUAGAUGGUGAUGGCAUUAUAGGAGGAAUGGCUAUGGCUAGUGAAGUUCAGUCUCAAUUAUCGAAACGUAAUGCUCUUGCAAUUGGUGGAAAUUUGGAAGUCAAACAAAAUUCUGGUGGUGGGGUUGCCUCGGCUGUAUUUAGGCAUCAGAUUUCCUCGGUUUCUUCCAUUGAGUUUAUGGGAUCAGCUGGUUUACGUAGUCUAGUAGGCGUACAGAUGACACGUCACACAUCCUUACACUCAACUGCCACAAUUUCCAUUGCAAAGUCUCUGCAAGAUGGUUCGAUCAAUCUUUCAAAUACCUGGACUCGCCAACUCUCUGAUACAGCAAGUGGAAAUAUAGAACUUUUGCUUGGUCCAGAGCCAUCUAUUGGGGUUGGAUGGGUAAAGAAAGACCAAAAUAUGUCUGCUUCUGGAGAAGUGAAGUUUGGCACAAAUUCUUUUGGGGCAUCAGCUCAUUAUACACGUCGUUUUUCCUCAAAAUCUCAUGGUCGUAUUGCAGGCAGAAUUGGAAGCACUGCUUUUGAGGUUGAAGUUGGUGGUGGGAGAAAAGUAUCUGAUUUUAGUACUGUCCGCAUGUUGUAUACAAUUGGAAUUCGGGGUAUCUUUUGGAAAUUUGAGUUGCACCGUGGAGGGCAAAAGUUAAUUAUUCCUAUUUUGCUUUCCAGGCAUUUGAAUCCUGUGUUAGCUACUGGGGCAUUUGUAGUUCCAACAUCAAUUUACUUUAUACUCAAGAAAUUUGUUUUCAAACCAUAUUACCUUAAGAGGGAAAAACAGAAGGCUUUAGAAAAUAUGGAAAAGACUGCCACCCAGGUUCGAGAGGCGAGGGAAGCAGCUGCAAAAGCUCAGCAAUUGUUAGAAAAUGUGGCCAGAAGGAAAAGAAAUAAGCAACAGGAAACAGAUGGACUGGUUAUUACUAAGGCGGUUUAUGGAAAUCGUAAAGCUUUAAAGAAAGGAGAUGAACUGAGAGAAACAAAUGAUGAAUUAGCCUCACAAGUGUUGGAUGUAACAUUACCUCUUAAUUUCCUUGUUACCGAUCCAGGGCAACUUAAGCUUCAUGAUGGUGUAAAGAAGUCAGGCAUCAUGGGCUUCUGUGAUCCUUGCCCUGGAGAACCUAAGCAAUUGCAUGUGGAGUACACUUACCAUGGUCAGAGAUAUGAGGUGGUUGUGGAUGAUUAUGAAGAGUUGCAAAUACCCCAGGUGGCACACAGAAUCUGAAAUCACAAUUUUUAACUUGAUUUUCUGGUUACCUCUGGCAAUUUUGCAUGCUCGACAUGCCUUGGAGGAACCUCAAUUAGAUCACCAAAAUUUUCAGUUAUAUACAUUUAUUUACGUGCAUCUGUGGAAUGACCAACCUAACCAGGGCAUUGAAGAAAUUAAUUUAGUUUAUUUGGUUUAAUUUUCUGAUUGUAGAAUAAACGACAUAUUUUUGUAAUUUUCCGGCUGUAGAAUAAAUUCCAUAGUUCUGUAAUUUUCCCUUGGAUUCAAACA